UGGGGUUGCACAAGGGAGCUACCAUCUAAUGCUGGUUUAUUGGAGGUAAAUAAUAAUAUUAGUCAACUUUGCUUCAGCCUGGCCAUCUAUGAAUUGCUUUUGAACCAAAAAUUCCCUUUUAGUCUUUGUUAAGAUUAGGUUGGCAUCAAAAAACACACAGUGAUGGUCAGAGAUAGGUAUUUCAAAUACUGAAACAUUAUCAAUGUUUAACCCUGUUGUUAUUACUAAGUCUACAGUGUUACCAUGUUGAUGUGUGUCUUCAUUUACAUGUUGGGUAAGUUCAAAGUUGUGAUGACAUUAAUAUACUGUAUAUUGCCAUCCUGAUGCAGUCUGUUGGCUAUCUUACAGCUGGCCAUAAAAAAAAGUUCUGAUGGCUUUUUCUUAAUGGAUAAAAUAUACUCACAUAUUCCAUAUUUUAUAGCAUUGACAGAACAGAACAAGUCAAGCAGGUCUCACUCAGAAGACUACAUUGUUAAAGCUUUGAGUCCAUCUGUUGAAUAAAGGGAAAUGUGAAAAACGGAAAUAACCAUUUAAAGGGAAGUCCACUCUUGCUCAAUAAAACAUGCUUUCCUCUUUUGGGGCCUCAACUCUUCUGAACUGACGCUGAACAGCACAGACAGCACAAAGCCCUCGCACCAGAGAGAGCACUGUUCUGGUGGUACCGCGAGCAUGACGGACGAUAUGAGUGUUUUGGACCUGGAUGAGGACUGCUGGUCUCAGCUUGAAGACUACAGGCUUCUGCUCAUCAAGACCAUCGAGCCAACGCGAAUAACGCCGUACCUGCGCCAGUGCCGGGUCCUGAGCAGCGAGGACGAGGAGCAGAUCUAUAACGAUCCCAGUCUUGUUAUCCGAAGACGAAAAGUUGGUGUGUUGCUAGAUAUUCUCCAAAGAACUGGCAUAAAGGGAUACACAGCAUUUCUUGAGAGCCUGGAGUUGGACUAUCCUCAACUGUAUCAAAAGAUCACUGGGAAGGAGCCUGCACGCGUCUUUUCCAUACUAGUGGACACGGUAGGUGAGUCUGGCCUGACGCAGUACUUGAUGAGCGAGGUGACGCGCCUGCAGAAGCAGGUGGAGGAGGAGCACCGGCGGCUGCAGGAGGCGUCCAAGCGCGUGGCGACACUCGACGACACCGUGAGGCAGCAGGAGGUGCGAGAGCGGGAGCUCCAGAAGCAGCAGGAGCGCGUGCGCCGCCUACGGGAGGACCGCGACCGACUGUGGGACGAGGCCCGCCAACUCAAGGACGAGAACUACAGUCUAAUGCACGACCUCACCAGAUUGAGCGAGGAGAAGAACAGCGCGCUCAUGAGCAACCGCGACCUGCAGCUGAGUAUUGAAAAGCUUAAGCACAGCUUGAUGAAUGCUGAAAGCGACUCCAAGAUCCAGCGCAAGCGUACCAUCACACUUAAAAACGCCAUUGAGCUGAGGCCCAGCCCCGACACAAUCUGGAAGCUGCAGACACAGAAUGACCUUCUCACAGCACGCAUUCAAGAGCUGGAAGAUUCCAGACAAGUUGAACAUGAACCGCCAGAACCCGACGAACAAGAGAUUAGUCGUCAAGUAAUGGAAGACUACAAGCAGCACGCCUGCACUCAAUACCAAGAACUUGUGAACAGCCUCAACACAUUACGCAGAGAACUUCAGGAGGCGGAACAGCUACGCAGCAAGUACUUAGAGGAGAAGGAGGUUCUUGAGCUGAAGUGUACUAUGUUGAGGAAAGACUCCAAGAUGUACCAUGAUCGCAUGGAAGACAUUUUGAAGCAGAUGGAACAAGUCAUUAAUGAGAGGAAUAAGGCUAUGUCGACCAGAGAGGAAUACCACAAGGAGAUUUCCCAGAGCCUCCAGGAAAAGGAUGAGUAUCGCAAGCAGAUCCGUGAGCUGGGGGAGAGAUGUGACGAGGUGCAGGUCCAGCUCCUGCGCGCCCAGGGAAAGGUUCUGUCCUUACAGACCCAGCUGCGACGACAGAACUGCCCCUACCAGGCAUCAGACGUUGAGGAUAGUUCCUUGGCAAGUUCUUAUGAGCUGAGAAGCCAGACCAGUGAGGAAGAGUGCCUAACUAAAGCCAAAAAGGAGUCGCAGAGUCAGGCAUCAGGGGAACGUAAUGUUUGCGGGGCGAUUCCAGACGGUGGUGGUGGUCUUCCUUCAGACAAGAGCACAAAUGAAGACACGGAGAAGAUUUUAAAAGAAGAUGAACUGCCAACGAGCUGCAGACCAAGGGCAAAUUUUUACUACAGAAGAAAGCGCGCUCUUAGGACAAAAACUGCAGCCAAAGUAAAUGCUCCGUGUGAGCUGGACAACACCAGCGGGAGCGACAACACAGACACGGAUGGCUUGUGAUAUUAAAGAGUGGGACACACACACACACACACACACUACACACACU